CGCACUCAGAAGCAACGCUCAACUCCCACUCCACACACGAAAUGACGCGCCCAGGCCUCGUGCUCGCAGUCGUGGUGAUGAUGGUCGCUCUGACGUCAGCGAUGUCCAUGCCGCAGGGGCGUCUCAAGUACUCUGAUCGUGAGCUGGUCGCCGAACUCGCUGCCCAGAUCGUGCGCGUGACGGGCGGCCCCUGGUCCGUCCUCGCCGCCGCUCCCCAGAAACGGAAUUCCGAACUCAUCAAUUCCCUCCUUGGACUGCCGAAGGUCAUGAACGACGCUGGAAGGAGAUAAACGAAUUAUUUCAGAUAAAUCAUCGAUCGAGGCCAGUGUGGGCGUGUGGCAAGACCUUCAUCGUUAGCAGAAGACAGACCAUUAACAUCUUUUUUCCGUAAUAAAUGUUGCAUCAACACUU